AUGGACUUUGAGUCGUCGUCGGCUGGUCCGAGCACAUCUUACGCAGAGGAGCCAUGCACAUUAUCGAUGCUUCCUCAAGUUUCAGCAGUUUUGUCGGAAACAUCUAUUACCGAGUCAAAUGUGAGCUGUCAAUUACACCCAUCUCGAUCGGCUGCUCUGAACGAUAAUGUCCGAACACUGAUUUAUAACCGUACGGAUCCUCAUAUUCAACUCGACAUGCGAGCCUUCUAUAACUGUAUGGAGUACGAGGAGGCGCUACAGCCCAACUAUCACUACUUCACCGGCGUUCAGGAGAACAUCACGCCGUUUCAUCGAGAGCAGGCGAUCGAUUGGAUUUACGACGUGGCAAAGGAGGAGAAUUGUGAUGGCGACGUCUUCUUGUUGGCUGUUUCGCUGAUCGAUAGGUUUAUGUCGGUGCAGAAUAUUUUGAAGCAUGAUAUUCAGAUGAUCGCCGGAGUCGCGCUGUUUAUCGCCAGUAAACUGAAGGCCCCACAUCCGAUGACCGCGUCGAAGAUCGCCUACUACUCGGAUAACAGUUGCCCCAUCGAUAUGAUUCUUCAGUGGGAGCUGCUCAUUGUGACGACACUUCAAUGGGAGACCGAGUCGCCGACGGCGUUCUCCUUCUUCGACUUUCUCGCCUCAAGAAUCCCACAGAUUCACAACAUGAGGGGCGACUUUCAGACAGUUGUGCAGAAGUGCCAAAAAAUGCACAAACUUGCCACCUUAUUCCCAUCCAUGCAAUGUGCAAUUGGCCUCUACUACGUAUCGAAUCUCCCAACACAGAAUAAGGAGCUGGCAGUAAAGAUCAAGGAUCUCUUGGCAAACAUGUUCCAGUUGGAAGUGAACCUUCUCGACUCGUACAUCCCGAUGGUGCAGCGUUGCAUGAGCACAACGCCAAUCUACACAUCAGAAGAUGCUGAGAAGACGGAACCGACACCAUCCGCGCCGGCCUCCACUCAAGAGCCAGAGGCCUUCCAAGAGCUCAAGGAGCUCAAGGAAGAACCCCUCCCAACUCCACCACCAGAGGAACCUGCCUUCCAGAAGCUUGUGCUCCUCGAGCCGAUCCCCCUCUCCGAGCAAACUCCAUCAACUCCCCUCAACGACUCGGGCUUCUCGUCUGAUGUCUCCAGCCCCGCAUCCUCAGAGAAGAAGCGUCGUCGGAGCACAGACUGGUUUGAGGAGGACUCGACGCCGCCGAAGAUCUUCAAGACUUUAUGAACAUUUGUUACCCAUUAUUUUAUGCAUUGUUUAGCUUCUAUGUCGAUUCGAAACCAAAUCCCAAAAAAUCUCAAAACACAUCCAGUCUUCCAUUUUCUAUGUAGCUUUUGCAUUAUUUCCUAAACUUUAAUUUUUAAACCGGUGUUCCCAACAAAUCUUCCAGUUUAUUAUUCUUAUUAUUCUGAAAAAAAUAAUAUAUAUAUAUAUUAAAACAUUUAUUCUAAGUUAUUUCCACCUCCCUCCCCCUCUCCGAGAGUUCGGAUGUGCUCGAACCUUUUGUUGGAUUUUCCUAUGAAAUUCCAACUGCUUCCUGGUUCUUGUCACAUCCACGACUUCGUUUGUGAUUAGUCAAAUCCUGCCCAAGCCUCCUCCCAAAAAUUAAUCAUUUCUAUACUAGAAUUCCCACUUGCUUCUUUCAUCUUUUUUCCAGAUCCCUCUUGCUCAAUUCGCUUCCUACACCCAAUUCUGAUGACCAUUGAAAUUACUUGUAUUGUACAAAAAUUCUCGCUGUUUCGAUGAUUACUUUUUUCUAUUUGUGAAAUAAUAAAGAUUCCCCAC